AGAGCUGCUCCAGAUGGAGGUUGAGAGGCUGCUGCUGUCUGGUGUCCUGAUGGAGAUCACCCACUCGCAAAAGUCCUUUCAGCUACAACCAAGCAAGUUUAAACUCCCAGAGUAUGUUCUGGAUUUUGGUUUUGCCAUUCCAGGCAAAGCUGUCAAUCAGUCAGUGAAUAUCAUCAAUACAGGAUCAGUGCCUGUGUCCUUCUACAUGAACGGCAAACUUCUCAUAGGAACAGGUUUUACAGCAGCAUCUGAGCGCGUCAAGAACCUGCCUUGUGGCCAAACCCACUCGUUCUUACUUACAUUUGAUCCAGAAAGAGCCAACCUGGAGAUGGGUGAGACCAGUGUUGUUCUACCAGUACAGGUCUCCGGUGGUCCUCAGGUGAUGGUGAGGCUGCGUGCAUUUGUCAUCGUACCGAGAAUAACCGUCUUUGAGGACACACUACAGUUUGACUCUGUUCAGCGUGGGAUGUGCCAGAUGAGGACGCUCCAGCUGCUCAACCUGGAGCCUAUUCCGUGUUGCUGGAGCAUCACCGAGGAGGCCAAACCUUUCAAAAAGGUAGAUAGGUUUGUGCCUCUGCAUGUGCGUAAGAAGAUCCUCCAGGAGCAGCGCCCCCCACUCACAGUACUUGAGAUGUCGCCCUGUGAUGGUGUUUUGUCUCCUGGUGGAAAAGUCCUCGUUUAUGUCACGUUUUGCCCUGCUGAAGGGGGUUCCUACAGGCGGAGGCUAAAGGUCCAUGUGAAAGACAGCAGUCAACAACUGAUGAUUACAGCUGUGGGUCAGUGUGAAGAACCACAGCUGGAUCUCUGCCAAGCAGUGCUGGAGUUGGGGCCUUGUCUGCCUUUCUACACCGAGGCUGAGUCAGAGAUCAUGAUAAGGAACCCCUGCUCCUUCCCCAUCGAGUUUUACUCCCUGGAGUUUGACUCAGAGUACCUCAAAGAAGAAAAGAUCCUGCGUUUGAUGCCGGGAUAUGAUGAGAACAAUGUGUUGCUGCUUCCUCCAAGGGUUCCUGGAGAGGGUCUUCCUACAGAGCUGCUGGACCACUACAAGGACCUCUCCUCCCAGCUGGAAGACGACGGGCCUAACGUCGUAGACGACCAGACGAAGAACGAUGACAUAAGAAAGGAAAAUGUAAAGUCAAAACAAAACAAUACAAGGAUGAGUGCCUCUGAUGUGAAACCAGCUAAAACUAUUAUUUCAGAGUUGAACAGAGAGGCAAACAGAGGGAGGCUGGGAGAGUUGGAGAUGACUCCGGUAUCCAGAGCUCUUGCCCGUCAUAUGGGAUUUGACCUUUCCCCUGAGGGAUUGAUGGCAUGCAGCCGCAGUGGCAUCGCUAUUAUUGUGUAUGGAGCUCCACUGACUGAUUCUAGCAGUGUGGCAGCUGAUCUGGCAGGUUACUAUGAAGCUGCGUGUUUGAGUGUUGAUGCUGUGGUCACGGAUGUAAUCCAAAAUGGCACUUCACCUGUCAGCCUUUCCGCGAGACAACUCUAUCACACUGCUGCAGAAUGCGCUCAGCUCAAAGCAGAGUCCACACGGCCUCCUGAAGAUUUGUAUCCACAUUUAGGAGCUUCACCGGCUCCUGUGGACAUUCAAGCAGAGCAGAGAGAGAGCAGCUGCAGACCAAGAAGGUCCAUCCAUCAGGACACAGAUGACAAACGUUUCUAUGAGUGUCACGGUGAAGUUCAACUCAGCAGUCUCCUGCCUGGACAUCUGCUUGUUGAUAUACUGAUGGAAAGAUUUCAGUUGAAUGACUGUGACCAGGGUGUAGUUGUUGAUGGCUUGAAGUCACAAUAUACUGAGACGUCAUCAAACACACUUCAAGUUGUCUUGAAGGCCCUGAAGAACCGCAAAUACAUCUAUGUUGUAAAUGUAAACGACACCUAUGCUGCUCGGAAGGCACGAGAAAAAGAGCAGAAAGAAGCUGAAGAUGCCCUGCAGCAUGAGAGACCUGGCGGAGAGGAGCAGCAGGUGUGGGAGCUGAAAGAGGAUGAGAGGGAGCACGGGACCCAGCGGAAACUCAGAGAGCUUGAGGCAAAACCUCAGGAAGAAAGGAGGCAGCAAGAUGGAAAGAGUCGGCAAAAUGAAGAGUUGAAGAAAAAAAAAAAUGGGCGACGAAUGAACUCUACAGAGACGUCUGCAGGUGCAAAAGAACAGCUGAAUCUAAAUGAAAGUGCACAACAUCAAAGCAAAAAAGAGCGUCCAUUACAACUGCUGGAAGAAGAGAAAUUAUCAGGAAACGCUUUUUUAAAGCCCAGAGUCCAAUCAGAGAAAAAGAUGAACAUUAUGGAUGAACUACAGAGUCAGUUCAUUGAAUACGAGGAGAGUCAGGUCAUGGUGAUGCACUUCCUGCAGCACUGGGACCGGAUCCAGGGUUUGUUGUUAGCUCCUCUACCUGGAGCAGAAAUCCCUCCAGAUUCAAAUGUUGCUACAGCAGAGCAUCAGCAUAAAGCUGACAACAAGCCAGGAGACACAGGCUCUUCUCUACAGAACAUCCCUCUUAUUGUCAUGAAUGUAACAGAGACAGGCGGUAAUUUCACAGAGCUGCUCAGUAACGGCACCCUUCCUUUAUUAGACGAGAUUCUGGACCAUUUAGGGUUGGGGCCCAGCAGCCCACCAAUCCCUCCUCCCGCCACCUUCUCUGCUGUUGUUUUUCCCAAACAAAGAGACCGAACAAUGGUUAAAGAAACAUGUUUCAUCUUUCUGGAGCCUUCAGGGCAGAAAACAGACGCUAAGCAAACAAUGAAAGAAGCCUUAUCCAAAAGUAAUGAGGGAGCCAUCAAGGAGAACGUGAAAGACAAAGAGAAAAAAGUCAAAGAGAAUAAAAUGAAAGCACAAAAGUCAAAGUCAAAAGGGUCUUGCAUACUUUCACAAGUCUCCUUUCCCGUUGAGCUCACUGAUCAUGAUCACCAUCAGCAGCGCUUAGAGAUGAAACGCAGCCAGAGCCGGACCACGUUUCGCUGGAUUGUGCCACCAAACGGCCAGGUGCCUCUGAAGGUCUGGUUCUACUCAGAGACAACAGGAGAGUAUGAGCAAAUCUUCAACUUCGAGAUAGCAGGAACCAGGAAACCUUUCCAGCUGACCUGCAGAGGGCGCUGCACAUAUCCCUUCAUCUGCAGCAAACACACGACUCUUUUCACUCAUUGUGAGAAGGUGCCACAGGGGAAAGAUGAACUUCAGAGAGCCUACAUUAUCAAAGAUGGAUAUUUUGAGUUUGGACCUUUGCUUUGUGCCAAGCCCAGAGACAGAUAUAAGGAGUGUGGCUUUCCAGAGAACUCGGUGAGGGUAGUUAUCCAUAACAUAUCCAGUCUGGAUGCAGAGGUGAUGUUUAGCUUCCAGCAUGACCUCCAAGCUGCCACAUAUUUGCUGGACCCCCCGAUGAUGAUUCUCCCUCCUGGCCAGAAACAGGAGUUGACCAUAUGGGCAUAUCCAACAAAAGAGGGACAAAUAAAGGACUCUGUAGUCUGUCUCGUCAAGGAUAAUCCUGAACCUGUGAUCAUCAACGUCUCCUGCUGGGGAGUACAUCCUAAGUUAGAGCUGGAGAGGAAAAGUCUAAACUUUGGAAAACUUUUACUGCACAGGAGGGACAGUCGUAGCACGGAGCUGUUUAAUAAGACCUCCCUGCCUGUGUCUUGGAGACUGCAGGGGGUAGAAGAGUUUUGUGAGGAGUUGGUUGUUCCACAAGUUCAGGGGAUCAUUCCACCAAACUCCUCUUUCACUCUCAGUGUGGAGUUCACACCUAAAAGGCCUUUGGUCUUUGAAAAGGUCUUAUAUCUGGAGGUAUCUGAUGCUGAGAAGAUUUUAGGAACAGUACAAAGCUUAACCAUACGUGUCACUGCUGAAGCAUGGGACCUAAAACUGGAAAUCACACCAGACAUCCAGUUGGACUUUGGUACCGUCAGAGUUUUUCAAGAGACUAAACAGUCUGUCCGACUGGUGAACAAAGGGAAAUGUGAUUUAUCUGUCAAGUUCAUGGUUAUGCAGAGCAACCCAGCUCUUCCAAAGCCAGAGUCCAUUUUCACCAUUACUCCACAGAAGAGCUUCCAGUUGCCCAUUAAGAAGCCAACAACAGUGUCCAUCACCUGCACACCUGACAGAGAAGUCUCCAUUAAAUCACAACCCAUCCUGGUUUGUCAGGUGAUGGAAUUCAAGUUUGGUGAAAAAGGACAAACCUUAACCUUCGUAGACUUCCAUGUUUCUCUUCAGGCUGUUUUCUCCAGGUACCAGAUCACUCCUGCGCAGGAAGCAGACUUUGGUCCUCUGGUGUGUGGCACUAAGAAAAGCCAGAGCUUCAAUAUUGAAAACAAAGGACAGCUCCAGUUUCAGUUCACCAUCAGCUGCAAUGGUUCUCAUCCUGGAGAAAAUUCUUCUGCCAAGUCCACUUGUACCGGACCUAAAAGGAAAGAAACACCUGUUCAACAGAAACUCCUGACUUUGGGAGAGUUCUCAGUCUGCCCCUGUAGUGGAAGUGUGCAGCCAGGGUCUUCUCAGCAGGUGAUCGUGGACUUUGUGGCUGACCAGCCUGGUACCUGGAACCAGAUCCUGGUCAUUGAUAUUAGUGGCCGUAACCCGUCAGAUCAUCCAGAUGGAAUACCAUACAGACUGAUGGCUGAAGCCUGCAAACCAGCUAUUGAUUUAGACACAACCUUCAUCUUUGAGGAGCACUUCCUGUGCCAUAGCCGCAGCCAGUUGUCCUCUGAUCAGUUCAGAGAAGCUGAAGGCAUUUAUGUUGUGGAUGAAAACAAGUUUGUCUUCAACAAAAUCCAGGUUGGUAGAACUGCUCAGGCCCGCUUCAGGAUGACCAACACCAACAAUGUCUCCUGCAGACUCAAGCUGGCCAUCAGAAGUGUCCGACCACAGGCUUCACAAAACAUGGAUAUAUUUGGCUUACCCGUUACAGUGCUGAAAGUACCCAAACAGUCACACGCAUUAGCUUUCGUCACCUUCACACCUAAAGCCGCACAGCAUUACAGCGCUGUGUUCCAGGCCAUGGUGGAAGGCAGUGGAUCAACGACAUCAGAAAACAAGAGGCUGGAGUUUGGCCUAGAAGGAGAAGGCAAUCUUCCCACCAUACGCGUGCUGCGACCCGUUCUUAGAACCAGCUCAGGAGCUCCAAAGAUGCAUUUUGGGCAUGUUUGGGUUGGGCGGAGGCGCACCUUACCUCUGGUUCUGCUGAAUGAUGGGAAUGUCACAGCUCAGGUCCAUAUUUACAUGAUGGAUAAAUUUGGUGUGUUCACCAUCGAAGAUUCUUCUGGUAACACCUCCGUUCACUCCACCCAGCCAGAAGACUCCGAUGUCCGCUCAGAGCACAGGGCCAUUCUGACGCUAAAUGCUAAGGAACAGACAAGCUUCGAGGUCAGCUUCUGCUCAGACAAACCGAUGUGUGUCAGAGCAUCGUUGUUACUGCAGGUGAAGGACAACAAGCACAGCAACACUACGGUCCAAGUGACUGGGGAGGCGUACCAGGAAAUCAUCUCACUCAAUAACAUUCUCAGGUCGCCACAGCAGACGGAUCAGGAAGAGGAACCUGAAGGAAACUACAAGGUGCUGCAUUUUGGUGACUGCUACAUUAACAUGGUGCACCAAAAGAGAUUCACCAUGACCAACCACAGCAGCAGCCAGGUGGCCAGGUUUGAGUGGCCCCUCGGUGAACCUCUCAUCAACAUUUCCCCUCAGGUCGGGCACAUCCAUGCUGGUUGCUCUAAGGAAGUGAUCGUCAGCUUCAGGUCGAGUCAGCCAGUGACACUGAUCAACCAGCCAAUGAGGUGUAAGAUCUGUCUGGUGGAGUUGCAGCAGCCGACCCAGCAGAUGGCUGACUGGGACGACCAACAGAGAAUAGUCCUGUAUGAGAGCACUUCUUCACUUUCAGCUUCAGAAUCAUCUGAACAGCCUGUGGUGACUAAGGUGACGAAGACUGUUCCUCAGCCUGCCUGUUCAGUGGUUGAAGGUUCUGAGGGGGAGUUGAAUUUGUGCAUCAGUGCAGUUUGUGACUUUAUGAAGUUCAGCUGCAACACUGACAGCAUCCACUUCAAGGACACUGGGAUAUUCCAAACCAGGAUCCAUCAAUUGCAGAUGAUGAAUGUGGGGGAUGUGAAAGUGGAAUUCUCCUGGAAUGUUUACAUGGAUCCAGGCACCAAUUUCAUAAAUCGUGAUCAAAAAGGUGAGACCUCCACGUCUCGAUCCAGCAGCAGGUCAUCAGUGUCACUGUCAGGUCGUCCUUCCAGCGCCCUCGGCAGCAUCAUGUCUCUCCUGAUGAGAAAUCCCGAGGAGCUUCCGUUCAGCGUGGAACCGGCUUUUGGAACCAUAGAUCCUGGUGCAACUCAGAGCUUUCACAUUCGCUUUUCACCAGUGGAGGUGGCUCAGUUUCAGGGCAAGCUGCUCUGCAGCAUUCCCAACUUGCAGGACGGGGAUCAGGCUCCCUGUAUUCCGGUGUUGGGCCGCAGCUUGCUGCCCCACUGCCACUUCGACUUUGAGGACUCAGAUUACAUCAGUAACAACCGCCGGCGUCCCGAGUUCAGGCGCCCUGUGGACCCAAACAGUCGAGUUCUGGAGUUUGAAGCCGUCGGCCUCUUUCAAACAACCACACGAUGUUUUAAUGUGGUGAACCCAACCAGUAAGGCUUACUCGUUCAGAUGGAGGUGUGAGGACACAGAUGCUACUCGUUUCCGUUGUCUCACGUCUUCUGGCUCCAUCCAGCCUGGGACGUCAUUGGAAAUGAGAUUUAAAUACUCGGCAAACCAAAAGGACACGGUGGAAUCGUUCUGGAGCUUUGUGGUAGAAACCCUGUCGCUGUCUGUUCCUUUCCUGUUAGUGGGCACCGCCAGAGAACCACACGUCUAUCUCAGCAGAGCUCAUGUUGAUUUUGGAGAACUAACUGUUGGUUGUAAAUUUCAGCAAACAGUGGAUCUUGUGAAUGAAGAAAAAGAACCUGCUCAUUUCUCAGUCCUGCAGUCGUCUCUGUCCUCUGAAGACCAACAGUCCUGUGUCAUUUUGAAGCCCAUGGACGGAGAGGUGGCUUCUGAAAGCAGGUUGCCUUUGCUGGUGUUCUUCAACCCCACCUCAAAGAGACCUGUGAACUUCAAACUGGUCCUGAAAGUAAAGAGGAAGUCGGAGCCGCUCACACUGACUGUUAAGGCCAACUGUUUCUCAGAAAACACUUCAGUUCUAGUUGAGACCCAAGACGGUGCCCUGAGGGAGGUCACCCCCACCCAACGAGACACACUAGACUUUGGGAAGGUGGGGAUUUCAGAGCAGUCCUCCUUUAACAUCCUGGUGUUCAAUCCUUCAAAAUUCACCCUGGAAGUGACCUUUGAAUUAAGCGGUCCCAGAGACCAACUCCGACACCUAAAGGCUAAACAUUCAACUGCUACUAUCAAGGCUGGGGUGCAGCUCCACACGUCUCUGUCCUUUAGUCCUCAGAGCGUGUGCAGGCUUCAGGGUGUCACGUUAACCAUGAAGGUAAAGCUCGGACCAACAUUCACCUUUGUUAUUAAAGGCAGCGCGGAAAAGGCCCGCCAGCACUGAAGAAAAAAGUUCUUUGGGUUUUCUUGAUUUUAUUUAGUUCAUCGGUUCUGCAUUAAUAAAAUAAUUUUAACCAACA